AGGAAGAAGGAGAGAGGAAUGAAAAAGGGGAAGAGUGUACAUGAUCGACUGAUGGAAUACAUUUCUCCGAGGAAAGACAAGGUUCUCAGUCUGGAAUAUGGAUGCAGCAUGUAAAAGAGAGAAAAUAAAAGACACGAAAGACCACUCCAUACAUAGAGUCAAGAGUGUUCUACCUGGCUUAACCUAAAUUGCAGAGGCUACAGUUUUGAUACAACAACAGCAACAGCAGCAACAACAACAAUCUAGGGUUUGCAUUGCAGGUAGAGGAAUUGAACUAAUGGAUUUGAGCUGGCUUAGUGCCAUAUUAGUUGGGGCAUGCUGCCUUGCUUUAGGUUAUUGCAUCGGGACACGCCGCCCUUUUUGCUUCUUUUUAAGAUUAACACCAAAAGUGGUUAGAGACACGGAUACUAACCCUAGUAGUCAUCAUGGAAACAAGAACAUUAACUCCAAAGAACCACUUGAGACUGAUAAGCUUGCUGAUAUUCUUGAUGAUUUCAAGAUGGUUUUGGUUGUUAGAAACGAUCUUAAGAUGGGAAAAGGGAAAAUUGCAGCUCAAUGCAGUCAUGCAACUUUGGGUCUGUAUAAAAAGCUUCUUCACCGAGCACCCAAGGCUUUAAACAGGUGGGAGAUGUGUGCUCAGCCAAAGGUGGUCGUGAAAAUUGAAAGUGAGGAGGACAUGCUUGUUUUGCAAGACAGGGCAAAAUCACUUAACUUACCAACCCAUAUUACAAUUGAUGCAGGAAGAACACAGAUUGCUCCAAAUUCAAGAACAGUGAUGGCUAUUCUGGGUAAGAGUUUCCGUUCCAGUAUGCUUGUGCCAUAUCAAUUCUAUGAUCUGUCUGUUUUUGAUCUAUUUGUAUUUUGUUUAUUAAAUUCACUUUACAUGAGAUCAAAAGAUGGCCUACUAAAUCGUGAAAUUAGAUAGAAGACUAUACAAACUACAUAAACUAGCUUUCAGAAAACAUGGGAAUAUACGCAAAAAAUAGUAAAUAUACUUUUACCACAUUAGCAAUAGAAAAUGUAACUUAUUUACUUGUCAACAGUUAUUUACUCGAACUUCACUGUUAACCUUCAAAGUUCAAAGUUCAGUAUAUAAUUAACUUAAGAUAUUGGUGGGUGCUUCCAAAUCUUAUUUUCUAGAAUAUCUUAAAUGGCAUCUUAUGGGACUGAAAAACUAACAAGAGAAAUGAUUUGGUGGAGUCUGAGUGUUGGUAACCAUGCUUCCUUUCUCUAGACCUCCAUUCCCUUUCCCCCCCUAUAAAUUCUAUAAUUAGUUGUGCUAUGUCCUGUUGUUUAAGAAUAGGAGUAUGAGAAGCAGUGAACAUCUGAGAUUUAUUUACUAAUUCAAUUGGUGGUUUGAGUUUGUCGGUAGGCAUUGUCUUUUUUAUUCUCGUUUGGUCCUUGGGAUUGUUAAAUUGGAUAAGGAAUCACUUCUCUAAUAUUCUUACCGAAUGAACUAUUGAUUUAAACGUGGUUUUAGUUUGGUUAAGAUACCAAGGUGGCUGGCUGAUUAAGCUCAUAAAAUCACGAUAUUAUCAUUUCAAAAUGUGGGUUUAACAUCCAUGAUUUCUAUUUAGCCCUUGAUACCACCAGAAACUUCAAAAUGGAAGUGUCAUUCAGAUAAUGCAAUGUAGUUUUGCUUACUAGCAGACAGCCACUAUUAUUUUUUUACCCCAACAUCACUGAGAGACUGUAAAGGAAAGUAAAAAAAACUUAAAUUUCACUGAAGUCAUGUUAACUUGUAGUCAUGGAAGAAAAAAACCAAAAACACAAGGCAAAAAAAUCUUUGCUCUGUUGGUGCACCAACUUUUUUCCUUUACAUUGAGAACCAAAAACAGCACGAAGUCGGUCUAUUCUCAACACUAAUAUGUGCAGGACCUGUUGGAGUGGUUGAUGAUGUCACAGGUGGACUGAAGCUUUUGUAGUAGCUUCUCCACCUUGAUAAGCCGUACUGACUGAAUUUUCUGAAGACCUUACGGGCAAUGCAUAAUCUUCUACACGUUUGAAGGAAAUUUGAUCUAUCAAUAUAUGAGAAAUGCAGUCUGCAAGGCCUCAUGAAGCAAAUUAAUGGUCAUUGCUUUUAACAUUAUGGUGGCGAAAAUUGCCUCGCACAUGGUGGUAAUUGUACUGCAAGUGAUUUGCGGAGAUGGGUAACAAUGAUUUCCCUUUGAUGAACGAACACCCGGGAUUCAUUUCUUAGAACACAGGAUUUGACAUCUCUGUUUCAUUUCUUAAUUUGGCAUCUCUGUUCCUAUCCAAUUAACUGCCGCUUUCGUUUUUUAAACUUGUAUUCAUGUUCUUUGCUUUCUUGCCUCGUUUGACCCCAAAUGUUUGUUUGGUUAUUAAGAAGACGAUUGGUUGACAAGAAUGAGACGACUUAAUGAAUA